AUGGCCGAACUCUUGGAUCAGCCUCCGGAAGUCCUCCACCACAUUCUUCUCAACGUCGAGCCUACGGACCUUGCCUCGCUGUCCAAGACAUGUCGAUACUUACACAGGGUCAUUCAGGCCGACGAGUUGCUAUGGAAAGAAAUCUACCUUUCUCGACUUGAUCCUCCUGCCGAUGCCGAAGAUGCUCCUCUAUCAUGGCGAGAAAGGAUGGCUAAAGUUGUGAACAUGCAAAAGAUACUCCUAUCGGAAGACGCUGAAAUCAAAGCUAAAGGCCUCGAAGAAGUGCUGACCAAGUCUGUGGAGCUUGCGUAUCAAGCCGCCGCUUCAAACUCCAAGACCACCGACUUUCUAGCCGACCUGUUCCAGAAGUCCAACAAUGCGAAUGACUUCCUGUGCAAAUCAAGUCUGUUCUCGCUAGCCCGGCCGGAGUCAUGGACCGUCGCACCAACUGAGGCCCUCUGUCAACUGUCCGCGCACCUGCACCCCUGUCUUUACAUGACGUUGGCAACAAUUGCUGCCAGUAUCCCCCCCCAUCCUGUCCGGCAUGUGCACCCGUAUGCGCGAGCGCGAGUAUACGAUCUACGCCGCUACACGGCGGCUAAUAUGUGGGGUCCAUUCUUGGACGACGGCAGCCAGCGCGUGGAUUGGGAGAAAGUCCUAGCCAUCAUGAUCCUUCUGGCCUACAACCAUCACAUAUACACUGAGCGGCGUUCUAGUAGCGGAUCUAGUUCAAUCCUUCGACCGUGGGAGAAUGCGUUCUCCGGCAUCGCACCCAACAGUUUCGUGUCGUGCCCUCUGUCCGGGACACCGACGCCCACACUCCGGCCGGACCUCGACGCCAUAGACCCGUACGGUGUGACGGGGACUUGGAUGCGGAUCGUGUGCUUUUUGGACUACAACGACCUGUUCUCAUUCAACUUUGAAGGCGGCCGCGUGCCACCCGACCGAGAUCGUGAUCCGAUCACUACCCGGGAGGCAUUCAGACUGAUCAGGCUGCAGUUGAGGGUGAAUGCGAUCGAGGAACCCGGCGAGGAGGAUGGAAAGAAUCUCCCCGUCGUCCAUUUCGAAGGAACGAGCCGCUCGACGUUCAUGGCUUGGGAUCCUAACGCGAAUUCGAGAAUCAAAGGAACGGUUCGGCAAACACCCGGCGGCGCAAUCCGCUGGACGACAUUCAGCGUCUUCCACGGCGAAGAGCGAUGGCGGAGCGAAGGCGUGCAGGUCGGAGGUCUCCGCUCCGCUCGAGGUAUUUUCGGCAACUGGUUCGACAAGGAUUACGACGCCCACGGCCCGGCGGGCCCGACGGCGUUUUGGAAGAUCAGCGACGAAAUGGUAGAAGAGAAGCGCCCAGCUACUCAGCUUGUACAGAUCUUCAUGGAUGAUUGA